CGUCUUACAACACACCAUGUCGGACGUCACAAAGGUGUUUGUUGGCAACCUCGCUUUCUCGGUCGACGAGGACGAGCUGCAGAACCUGUUCGAGGCUUCGUACUCUAGCGUUGAGUCUGUCCGCAUCAUCCGCCGCGGGAACAAGUCGCUCGGCUACGGGUUUGUCUCGUUCACCUCGGCUGAGGACGCCGAGGCUGCGGUGGCGCAGUUCAACGGGUUCAACAUGGAGGAGCGCGAGAUCAACUGCGAAAUUGCUCGUGCGCGCGAUGAGUCGGCCGAGACGACCGGACGCCAGCGGCGGCGACGAAAGGCUGGCGGCGGGCGCAAGAAGCGCCGGCCGCGCGACCCGGACGCUCUCGACGAGAACGGCAACCCGCGGAACCCGUCGAUGCUGGCGGCGUUUGUGGCCAACAUCCCGUUCUCGCUUGACUCGGACGAGACCUUCCUCGAGCUCUUUGCCGCGUUCAACCCGGUGCAGGCCCACCUUGUCCGCCCGCGCCACGGCGGCCGGCCCAAGGGCUUCGGCUUUGUCAAGUUUGCCACCCACGCCGACCAGCUUGCCGCCAUCGAGGGCAUGAACGACGUCGACGUCGACGGUCGCCCCAUCGUCGUCAAGGCUGCGCUCUCGGACAACCCGUACGAGAAGUACAUCGAGGACCAGACGGCCGCCGAGGCUGGCGACGAGGCCGACGAGGCCGUCGCCGACGCCCCCGCCGACGAGGUUCAGCCGCUGGAGUAGUGCGUGACGGGCUUGUGAGCGCGUCGCCAUAUUAACACUUGCGCCCGGCCUGUUGA